UCCACGACGACAACAUUGUGCGAACCACGGUCGUUGAUUCGUUGCUUUGCUCAAUGACUCGGCUGGAUUGAUAUUUUCUUUCAUCGAGAGACUUGUCAAUAAUUUCUGAAGCUUUCUGAUUUAAAUUCAGGCGUGCAAUAUGAACAUGACUCACGUGAAAGUGACUUGGGCUGUGGGGCAGUCUAAUGGGACGCCUGACAUUGACUGUCUACACUGCCAGCCUGUCCUGUGCGUUGCAAGGCGUCCAAUACACGAAUUUUUGCCAAGAACCUGGCGGCAGAUCGACAGGUCGCCCAUUAUAUAAAGUCUCUGCUUGAGUUCAGAAAAGAUCUAUAAUCCAACAGUCUCAAUCAUCUAGACUCAACUUUUUUUUUUAAUAUCAUUUAAUACUUUACGAGAAACACAUCUGCUAUAACUAGAAUGGCUGGCGUCUUGUCUCAAACUCUGCAGUCCAUUACCCACACCAAGUUUGCUCAGAUUGAGAAACAGCGCCAUAAUCUCCAGUCCCAUAACAAGUCACUUGACGAUGCGCUCGCAAAAGCAACGUCUCAACAUGAGCGGAUCCGCAUCCUGCUGGAUGGCCUUGAGUCGCUUGGUUCGUCUUCUCUAAAGCGUUCCGAUGAGUCUGCAGAAGAGUCAGACGAUGAAAGUAUUUCCGGCAGUCCAAGUUCAGGAAAGGACAGCAAAGAAUCCAAAUCGCCCUUCUUCACAAACGAAGCAAAGAUAUAUCGCAAACUGAUUAAUCAAGCCGACUCCGAUUCUUCAAUUUCUGCAAGUCUUCUCUCCGAAUGGGAAUCGAACUUGAAACAAACCAUUGAUAUGCAGAGAAAUAAACUUGACUUUGCGAGUCUCUACAGCAAACUGGUCACUGAAUGGCUGACAAACUCGGCCGAUACGCCUGUCAAGGGAUCCGGUACAAGCAGCGCAGACAAACCGGCUGUCGACAGUGGUGCAGCCGAAGAGGCCUUUGAACCAGUUGGGCGUGAAGAAAUGCAUGAGCAACGCAAGACCUUUGAGCCUUAUGUCUUCAACGCCAAAGAAACCGACACCGACGCAAUCCAGGGCUACCUAACCAAUCUAUUCGCGUCGAAUAAAAUCCAAAAGGAACAGCUCAAAAAGCUGCGCCUCAAGUUCAAGAAUUUUGGCGAGCACUUCUUUGCCUCUGUGUCUCAGCCCGUCUUCGACGAAGAUGCAGUCAAAAUGGCUCUCAAGGGUCUUUUGAAAUUGGACCUGCUGACGGAAGAAAAGCGCAUGAUGUUACGAGAAUUCCAGCGCAACAGUGUCGUCCUCUCCGAGAUCGCCAAUGUGCUCAACAUGAGGCUUGCUGCUCUCGACGAAUGGACAUGGGGCACUGAAGCCAUUCUCAUUGAGCAGCGCCGCGCUUUAAAUGGGCGGUAUCGAGUCUUUACUGACGAGGAUUUGUUGCAAGCCUUGUUUCUGCACUAUUUGGGUCUGAAAUGGGCGGUCGAGCUUAAGAGAGCCUUGUCGCAAUUCUACGAGUCACUAGCCUGGACACGACAACGAGGCCCCAUGUCAAAACUCGAACUGGAGAGAAGAAGGUACUUUUUAGGCGAGAAAGUGAGAAACAAGACUGUCGACCGAAAACGUCAAGCCUUCUACACGGACUACUUUUUAACCCAGCUUCCAGAUUCAAUAGCGGAGGCUGGACGGGGCUACGAUGGAGAUAGUGACGAGGACGAUGAUGAUACCAAUAGCGACGAGAGCAAGCAAAACUCUCCUGUUGAGCUCAAGCAACAGCUGCUCCACGCUCUCAGCACCGAAGCUUUGAUCGCGAAAAACCUACACGGCAGCUUGACUGUCAUUCAAUCCGACUUCAAGUGGUUCGGGCCCUCGGUGCCGCACUCAACUGUGUUGGCCGUCUUGGAAUUUUUUGGAGUUCCCAAGAUAUGGAUCAGUUUCUUCCAUCGCUAUCUCGAAGCGCCUCUCCGAUUCAAGCAGGACGGACCAGACGGCCAAGUCCGGCCUCGCAAGCGGGGUCUCUACAACUCGCACAUUCUCUGCGACUUCUUUGGUGAACUUGUCUUGUUCUGCCUCGACUACGCCAUCAACCAAAAGACGUCUGGCGCCGGUCUCUACCGUAUGCACGAUGAUUUUUGGUUCUGGGGCCGUCAAUCUACUUGCGAAACGGCGUGGGCUACAGUUCUCCGCUUCACCGAGCUAAUGGGUCUGGAUCUGAAUGAAGAAAAGACGGCGGCGGUACGGAUUACUGAUCAGAAGAAACGCAAGCACAGCCGGGACUCCGAGGCGCUUUCCAAGACCCUCCCAUAUGGCGAGAUCAAAUGGGGGUUCCUCCGGCUCGAUGCGAAAACGGGCGACUUUGUCAUCAAUCAAGACGACGUGGACAAGCACAUUGGCGAGCUCAAGCUCCAGCUCGGCGCAUGUAAGAGCACCUUUGCGUGGAUCAAAGCAUGGAACACAUAUGUGGCUCGAUUCUUUGUCGCCAAUUUUGGCAAGCCAGCGCACUGUUUUGGCCGACGACACGUGGAUGACAUGAUUGAAACGCUCGUACGCAUCCAGCGCGCCGUCUUUGCCAAUGAUACCGGCACCGCCAACAGCGUGACAGAGUAUGUGCGGCAAAUGGUCGAGGCGCGAUUCGGCGUCAAGGAUCUGCCCGACGGAUUCAUCUUCUUCCCCAUGUCCAUGGGCGGUAUGGGCGUGACAAACCCGUUUGUCGAGCUCUUUGCCCUCCGCGACACCGUCGCCAAGUCGCCAGAAAAGAUUUUGACGAGGGCUUUUGCCGAAGAAGAACGAGAAUACAAGCAUCUCCAGAAAGUCUUUGACGAAGGCAACGUGAAGCUUCCACCAUUAUAUCACAUGUCUGAUGAACUCCGUGACUCUCUACAGCAAGACCGCACACGGCGACAACAGCAGCAAAACCUUUCCACGGCUCGGAAGUCUGACGAUGACAAUGACAGUAACUUUAACCUCGACUCUACUUCUGACUCUACUUCUGACUCUACUUCUGACUCUGACUCUGAAUCCCUUUCGUCCUCAUCAGACAAUGAUAACGAACCAUCCCUCUUCAUGACCUUUGAAGAAUUCACCCGCUACAGAGAAUCCACCUCUCCCCAGCUCGCACAAGCAUAUUCCCGCCUCCUCGCGUCCCCCGAACCAGCUCCUCUCCCCGAACCGUCUUUCUACGCCGCCCUUUCCCGCGCCGGACCCACCUCCGAUCAGGAUGACCUCAAGGAAACCUUUGGCGGCAGAUACUGGCGGUACUUGCCCAUCUACUGGCGCAUCGUCGUCUCCAUGUAUGGCCCUGACACGCACCGCCGGUUUGGGUUUUUGAGAAUAGUCGAUAAGGGUCUGCUCCCGCAGGGCAUGAUUGAGUUGUUUAAUGCCCGCAGAGCGAAAUGGUUAGGUUGAUGCUGUUUGAUGCUGUU